UUAUAUUAUUUAUUGCAGGACAAAAUGAUAGAAACUGGCAACAAUUGCCUGAAUAAUGAAUCAAACUUUUUUAAAAAACAUUCAUGUGAUGAUACAAAGGAAGCUGCUUUUCUAAAUCGUGCUGCUCGCAAGUUGAAGCAAUUUCAAAAAAUGAAUAUCAGUGAGAAUUUCAAUGACCACUUAUUAAGACUUUCACAAGGCACAUUAGCAAUGGUGAAUUGCACCAGCAAGGAAGAAAAAGCUUUAAAGGAACAGAAAAAGAAUGACCCGUGUUUCCUAAAGAGACUAUUAGGAGAGAUAAAAACUUGUUGGAAUAAAAUUUUGAGUAGUAAUAAAGAACGCUGA